UUCCACCACGGAUUCGUCAUUGUUCUCUAAAAAAUGCAGCAUCGGAUGAUUUCUCAAACGAGUAACAACAUUUCCGUAAUAACAUUUUACACGCAGUUGAAUCGCAACGAAACGAUGAUUGUGUUUCGUCGAACGAUAUAAUAAUAAAUGAGUUGUCGUCAAAGGCCUGCAAUGAUGACCAAUGAUAACGACAUUGAUAACUGGAAAACGGGAUUCAAUUCUAAUGAAUUUGUUCGAAAGAGGUUUGGUCUCGUCGAUCAUGUCGAUUCCGACGAAGAUAUGACUUUGACGCGAGUGAAACACUCGAGUUCCGGUUCCGAGAUCCGUUACAUCAACCCUGCUAUUUAUACAGAAUCUAUCAACGAAGAAGAAUCUGAAAGCGAUCGUGAACAGGAAGGAUAUUGUAACGGAAACUUGAUUGACACAAAUCGUUGCGAUUUUAAUGCUUCGACAAUCGACCUAUCUGUCGCAAAGGAUACAACAAGCACUGAUCACGUAAACGAACACUUGGGACAGAGCACCUAUAGGUGUUAUUCAACAUCCUUUCCAGAUGCUACGUUGCCUCUUGAAUUAUCCACUACUCGGUCCACAAUCUCGUCUGGAAGAAAUACACGAAUGGAGCGACGAUGCAAGAUUGAUAGCAUCUCUGUUGAUCAAAAUAAAGUGAACAUUGAUCAGAAUGAGACGACAAAACAUGACAAGUAUGAUGUCCUAGAUGGUCGCCAGAUCGUGCGAAUUUCCACGACGUCGCUCUCGGUUGAAUCAAGUAUCAGCAAUCAUCAUCAGAUAUCAGACCUUGACAGAAGGAUCGCCCAUUCAGAAUGGAUGCGCAAGAAACAUGAGGCCGCACAGCGGACGAGGGAGAAAGAGGAACUCGCUUUGAAAAAGCGACAGGAGGAAGAAGAGAGGGAGGCGCAAAAAAAGGAAGAGAGAGCGCGUUUGGAAAGGGAGAACUUUCUCAAAUGGAUCGAAAGGAAAAGGCAGCAGGAACUGGACAGAAGAGCAAUGCUCGAGAAUGAGUUGGAAUUGCAGAGGCGUUUGAAGGAGAUUGAGGAUAAUCUUGCCGGUGCAAAGACCACAUAUCUUCGUCGAUGGUUUCAUAAAAAGAAGGAGGAACAGACGGCCCAGCGUAAGCAGCAGGAGAUGAGACAGAAGAAGAUGGAUGAAGAGCGCGAGAGGAGAUUGGAGCAAAGCACAAAGGCAUACGAGAAGUGGCGAGAAAACUCUAAGAACAAACCUAAGCCUGCCACCCAAGGAUUACUUCCUCAUCAGAAAGCAAAGCCAGCAUACAUAAAUCCAAUUCCUUGGCAAUCGAUCGUGGAGAUUGAUCCCGAUGAAACACAAGAGGACACGCUUCACGAGAAAAAAAGAAAUAUAAAUCAGUUGAAAAUAAAUGACAAAAAAACAAUCAUAGCGCAUCAAUGAUUGCAGCCGAGAAGAUCCAUUAAAAUAUUAGAAGAGUAAGAUUUAAAUAGAAGAAUUUAUAGUGUAACAAAUCAAAAAAUUUUUUUGACAAUUUUUCUUGCUGUUCAAUUAAUCAAGUCAUUUAAAGUCUUAAAAUAUUUA